AUGAUCGAUCAUGAGUUCUUUCCCCACAUUAUCGACCUCGUGUUCGCCUUCGCGCCUUUCGAGUCGCUGGUCGUCAUGUCUGCCGUUGGCUGUGCGUGGCGGUAUCGAGCGCUUGCCCAACUCGACCACCUCCACAUCAACAUGAACGACGAAACGUACAGCUACCCCUUCCGCAUACCUUUCACCGACGCCAUCAGACACUGCCGGUUUCUGGAUAUCGACACGGGUAGCCACGGUGUGUAUUACAUGGUCAAGCUCUGGCCAAUUCAGGCGCUGGCGCCUCACUUCGACACUCUACGUGUAAGGGAUUCGACGUAUCUUGACAAGCCUAGAUGGCUUCCGAACGCUCGCAGGGUUGUCUUCUCGGCCUUUCAAGCACCCUCACGUGAUAACCUUCCCCGUUUUGAACCCGGUCCGAGGUUUGGCGGGUGGUACGACAUGGGGAACCCCUCGCUACACAGGCGAAGUCCCACGCCAACAUUGUCCUCCCAGCUGAAAAAGGUAAUAUUGAUCCUGUUUGGAGACGGUGUGUGCCCGCAUUGCAUCAUCAGCCUCCUCGACGAGGCCUCUGACAUAUCGGUACCUGUCACCCUCGUCAUCGACGCCACUAUCCGCAUCUGGCACGCCUUUCGGCCUUACAAAGUAGAGGGAAACAGUCUCGUCAAAAUCGAAGAUAACCGCAAGCACACAAAAUCGGGUGUCAAUGUCAUGAGCCAUGAGGAGUAUCGCUCGUUGGUCGGAGCAGCGGAUUACGAUCUCGAAACAAACUGGGAAACGCCCCCGCAUUGUCCUCAUCUCUCUCUCGUUAUCCUUACUUCAUCAUCCACCAUCCAUAUCAUCAAAUCCACCAUGCUUCACCAUGCGUUUUACCCACAUAUUGUCGACCUCAUCUUCAAGUUUGCGCCUUGCGAGUCGCUCGCCGUCAUGCGGGCCGUGUGCAGCGAAUGGCGGCAACGCGCUCUGUUUCACAUGAAGCACCUCCAAAUCGAUUUCAGCAGCAACUCGUACGGCUUUCCUGUGCCAGUUCCACUGGCCAAGGUUGCAAAGCAAUGCCAAGUAUUGGACAUCGGCGUGGGGACACCGACAUGGGACAGCAGACUGUACAACAAACCUGAUCCACUUUCCCGACUCCAGGCUCUCCAUGAACUUCCCAACCCUCUCAAGACGCUGCGCCUGAAGGCGCCCUACCUCGAUCGACCUCGUUGGCUCCCACCUGCGCGUAGCGUUGUGUUCUACGAGUUCGGGUCUACAAUAUAUUACCCCGCGCCAAACUUCGAACCCGGUGCUAGAACAGGUGCAUGGGAAACCAUGGACAAGCUCGUAAUCAAUCACCGAGAGACGAGCUAUUCCUCGCGCAACGACCGAGAUAAGAACGGGACCACAAGGUGUUUGCUGUCUCAGCUCAAACAGAUCGUGAUCAUACUCCAUGGAGACGGAAUCUGCACGCACUGUCUGUUCAAGCUUCUCGAUGAGGCUCUCGACGGGGACAUCCCCGUCCUCAUCGUCGGUCAUGAAACCCUUCGCAGGAGGGGUCAAUUCAAGCCCUACAUCGUGGAAGGGCAUGCACUCGUCCAGAGGCAGGACCUCCGCAAGGACAUCAGGCCAGGCGUAGAGGCUCUGACACACGAGGAGUACUGCGAGCUCGUUGGGCGUAGGGAGUACGACGUGGAGACGUCUUGGACGGUACCCGUUCCCUAUCAGACAUUCGACCUGCCCGACAACCUUUGCAGCAAACGCGAGGUCGUUGAGUCCCUUACACAGAUUCUCGGGGUGUAG